AUGGAGGUCUAUGUGGAUGACAUGCUAGUAAAGAGCCGAACGGUAGGGGAACAUCUGGCGAACCUAUCCCUCAUGUUCGGCAUCUUGAAGAAUUACCGAAUGAGACUCAACCCAACAAAGUGCGCUUUCGGCGUAUCUUCGGGAAGAUUCCUCAGUUUCAUGAUCAGCCAAAGGGGUAUCGAGGCAAACCCCGAUAAAAUCAGGGCCAUAAUCGACAUGGAGGUGCCGAAGACACAAAAGGACGUCCAGAGCCUUACCGGACGAGUAGCAGCCCUCACUCGCUUCAUCUCCAAAGCCACAGACAAGUGCGCACCGUUCUUCAAAGCCUUGAAAGGGGGCAAACGUCAUAUAGAAUGGACUGCCGAAUGCGAUAAGGCGUUUCAAGACUUGAAGGACUAUAUGGGCAGGGCGCCACUACUUUCCAAACCUCUCCCAGGGGAAAUUCUCUCUCUGUAUCUAUCGGUAUCCAACACUACCGUCAGCUCAGUACUGAUACGGAUACCAGAGAAGGCAGAGCUACCGAUUUUUUACGUCAGCAAAGCCUCGUUCAAACCCAAACCUGCCGAAAAAGGACAAGCCGUGUCAGACUUCAUCGCUAAACUAACACCUUCGGAGGCACCAGAACCUGGGAAAACCCCUCCGUUGGAAGGCCUGCCGAACAGUAGCCGGUUAGACCAAUCAAUUCCUAUCUGGAUCCUACACGUGGAUGGCUCGGCAAACCAACAAGGGUGCGGAGCUGGCUUAGUACUCACCGCCCCCGAUGGAACCAAGAUAGAAUAUGCCAUCAGAUUUGGUUUCCGAACAUCCAAUAACGAGGCAGAGUACGAAGCCCUCUUAGCUGGCCUUCAGCUAGCAAAGACCAUGGGGGCUAAGCAGGUCAGCAUCCACAGUGAUUCACAACUCAUCGUCAACCAGGUCAUUGCCGAUUUCGCAGCAAAGGACGCAUCGGCACAUCUGCUGCUUCGGCAGUUUCAGGCCUACGAGAUUCGGCAAGUUCCCAGGUCAGAGAACAGCCAUGCCGACGCAUUAGCCAGACUGGCUAAUGCAAUUAACGACAAAAUUGGCCGAAAGGUCCCAGUCGAGAUCCUAGCCCAGCCAAGCACCACCACCGUUGACAUAUGUGCCGUACGGUAUGAGGACACCUGGAUGUCGCCGAUAUACAUAUACUUAACGAACGGUACCCUCCCGGAAGACAAGGUUCAAGUGAGAAAGCUGCGUUACCGAUCGGCAAGAUACAUUGUCAUCAAUGACAUUCUGUACAAACGCGGCUACACGCCCCCUACAUGA